GAUCCCGCGGGCGGGGGAGACGGGUGGGAAGAUCUCCGGGAGCCUUGGCAACGGGUCUACGCAUGCGUCCGCAGGGCCGACGGCAAGGGGGCGGGGGGAGUGAAACGGCGAGGGCAGGGGCGAGGCCGGUCUGGAAGGAAAGCGAGCCGCUUCCCGGAAGGGGCGGGGCUAAUGGCGGAGGCGCUGGAUUCGAAAUUGCUGCCCGGAGCAAGUGCACGGGAGAGCAGGGAGAGAGGUUCCCCCGUCCUUUGGUUGUUUGUUUGUUGUUUUGUUUGUUUUAACUUUGGUUUGAGGGACUUCCGGAACUUAGGGGCGGCGAUAGUUAUUUGACUCCAGGCCAGACCGGUAAAAUGACAGAAGUGUUCCUUCCACGGCCGUGAAGAGGGGGUGUCUGGCUGUUUGCCUGCUUCCAUGAUUCCUUGCUUAAGUGUAAGAUAACACCAGAUAAUCAACCAUCGGGAUGGGAGUGAAUGACUUGUGGCAAAUUUUGGAGCCUGUAAAGCAACAUAUCCACUUGCAGGAUCUUGGUGGGAAAACCAUUGCCGUUGAUUUGAGUCUCUGGGUAUGUGAGGCACAGACGGUGAAGAAAAUGAUGGGAACGGUCACGAAGCCCCACCUCAGGAACCUAUUUUUUCGUAUUUCAUAUUUAACUCAAAUGAAUGUAAAACUGGUGUUUGUAAUGGAAGGGGAGCCACCAAAGCUGAAAGCUGAUGUCAUAAGCAAGAGGACUCAGACUCGUUACGGGCCUUCUGGAAAAGUGAGACCUCAGAAAACAGGGAGAUCACAUUUUAAGUCAGUCUUACGAGAGUGCCUUGAAAUGCUAGAGUGCCUGGGAAUGCCCUGGGUCCAGGCUGCCGGGGAAGCUGAGGCCCUGUGUGCUUACCUCAAUGCCAGCGGCCAUGUGGAUGGCUGCCUCACCAAUGACGGCGAUGCUUUCCUUUAUGGAGCCCAGACUGUUUACAGGAAUUUCACUAUGAACACAAAGGAUCCACAUGUUGACUGUUACACAGUAUCAUCUAUCAAGAGCAAGCUAGGCUUGGAUCGCGAUGCUCUGGUUGGACUGGCAGUGCUUCUUGGCUGUGAUUACCUUCCAAAGGGAGUGCCUGGAGUUGGAAAAGAGCAAGCAUUAAAACUUUUGCAGAUUUUGAAAGGUCAAAGCUUGCUUCAGAGGUUUAACCAGUGGAUUGAAGAACCUUGCUACUCUGUUCCACAAUCAGCAGUAAAAAAAGUGGCUCACUGCUCUGUGUGCUCCCAUCCAGGUUCUCCUAAGGAUCAUGAACGUAAUGGAUGCACAUUAUGUAAAAGUGAUAGAUACUGCGAACCACAUGAUUAUGAAUACCUCUGUCCUUGUGAAUGGCACCAGACAGACCAAAUUAGACAACUAAAUGAAAUAGAAAACAAUAUUAAAAAGAAAGCUUGCAGUUGUGAAGGAUUUCCAUUCCAUGAGGUCAUCCAAGAAUUCCUUUUGAAUAAGAAUAAAAUGUUAAAGCCAAUCAGGUACCAAAGACCUGAUUUAUUAUUGUUUCAGAGAUUUACUGUUCAAAAAAUGGAGUGGCCCAGUCAUUAUGCAUGUGAAAAAUUAUUGGUGCUUUUGACCCGCUAUGACAUGAUAGAAAGAAAACUUGGUAGAAAGACCUCCAGUCAACUACAGCCCAUUAGAAUUGUUAAACCCCGAAUCAGAAGUGGAGUCCAUUGUCUUGAAGUAGAAUGGGAAAAGCCUGAACAUUAUGUGGUGGAAGAUACAGAACCUGGAGAACUGAAUCUCCUUACAGUGGAAGAAGCAUCGCUGUUUGAAGCAGCCUAUCCCGAUGUUGUAGCUAUCUACCAGAAACAGCAGUCAGAGACUAAAGGGAAGAAACAGAAAAGUAUGAAAGAUAAGCCUAAAGGGAGCCAUUUACCAGAAUCAGAUGAUGUGAUCAUUUCUCAGUCACUUAGGACUUUAAAACCUACAUCUAAAGCCUUCCCCAAGCAGAAUCCCAAAAUUAAUUUAGAAAUCUCCCCAGAUCCUGUUUUAGCACAGAAAUCCACUUCUCCCUCGUUGAGUAGUUUUGUUUCCCCUACAAGUGCUCCCUGUUUGAAUUUGCAAGAACAGUUAAUGCCUUCUCCAAGAACUUUGGCUGUAAAGCAAAGUAAAGAUGUCAAUAAUUUUUUAGUUUCAGAAUGUAGUCAGCCCAGCUCUUCAUCUCAUGAUAUUUCUGUGAUUACUGAGCUACAGUUGAGUACCAUUGACUGGGCAGGUACUUCUUUUAGUAAUUCUCCAGCAGUUCAAAGAAACACUUUCUCUCAAGAUUUACAAUCACAAUCUGAAUCAUCAGCCAUCCUUCCCGGCUUUGAACAGCUGACAUAUAAAUCAGAACAAUGUACCUCAAACAAUGAAGUGUCCAGUAGAGAUCUUCAGAAGAGUAGUCCUGAAGAGCAUCUCCUUUCUGGCAUCACUGCUUUACAUCUUCACGAUUUGCCUCUAAAGGAAAGAAUACAUAUAAAAUCGUCAUGCCCUCAGUAUAAUGUAGGAGCAGAUGCUGACCAGGAAAGUUUGCCACUAAAAAUGAAAGACUCUUGUAUUGCUUACAGUAGCUCUGGUGGCUCAUCCCAUUUUUCGAAGGAUCUUACGGAAGUUUAUCUUCACAAAGAGUCCAGAAACUCUAAAGUUCUAGACAUCCAACUCCAAGAAAACUGCAGGGCAAAUACUUCUUUACCUUAUUCUUUCAAUGACAAAGCAGUAAAGACUUCCAGUCUUCAAGCUGGGCUGCCAACUGCUGCUGUACCCCACAAUCCAAAAGUUGCUGUGAAAACUACUAAGAACUUUGUCAUGAAGAGUAGUGUUUGCCUCGAGAGAGAUUCCUCAGAUGAAGAAAAUGCUCCAGUGUCCUGGAAAGCUAAGUAUACUGCUCCAAAAAUGAAACACAGUUCUCAGAAGCAUAGCCUAGUCCACAUCGGAGACAGUACUCACAACAAACUCAGAAAUCCUAUAGUAGAAUCUAAAGAAACCAGACUCUGUACUAAGUCUUAUAAAACAGCUGAAGAUGAAGAAGACAGGUUCUCAGAUCCAGCAAGAAAUCCUCAGAGUUUUCUACCAUGUCAUAACAAAGAUGAGGAUUCUCCUGCCUGCUGGGAAAGUCCUCUCCCUUUACGUCAGAGGUUAAAACUCAGGUUCCAGAACACUCAAAGUGGAUUUUAUAAUACUUAAGUUUAAUGUGUUUGAAUGCUGGUAGCAUUAGCAGAAGCCAAGCAAACUUGUGUUUGGUUGAAAAUGUACAUGAUUAUUUGCCAUUUAAAUCAAAAUUGUAAUUUUAAAAUGUUAACAGCCGGGUGUGGCUCAAGCCUGUAAUCACAGCCAUAUACGAGGUUGGUGGAGUCCAGAGGAUCAUCCAGCAGGAAUGCAGAGUCAUCCUCUGAUUGAUAGAUGGAGAGUGUCGGGCCAAUCUCAGCUAAGAAAGAAAGAACUUAAAACUUUGACUACAAAAGAUGAGCAUCAGGUGACAGCUUCAAAUAAUGUAUUUUUUAGGACAUUUUAUUCUUGAAAUAUCUUUAUUAUUAUAUAGCUUUAACAUAUAUCAGUGUAUUCUUUGACAGAGUAAAUGCUCAUCAUAUUUAGCUCUUAUGUUAGCGUCUAAAGCAUCUGUUUACAUUCUAGCUAUCUCCAUGAGGGUAACACUUUAUAAUAGUGUUACAGUGUCUUCUAUGGGCCCUUCUUACUGGCUGUAUUUCCUUCGUGUUAAAGAACAGAUAGCAUGCUUCCACUUUUAGGAAUGUCAUGCAUGACAAGUGAAAAUAGAAGAGAAUGGUGUGUAGUGAAGUGUGGUUGUGAAGUCUGGGUAAGGAAAAUCACUCCUUAUAUACAUACAUUCAGAAGUUCACAGGCAUGGUAAGCAGGAAAUAUUUUUAAAACCAGAUGUAAAACCAAAAUGGAAUUGGGAGUUUCCUCAGGGUCACACAGUAAUAAUAGUAAUGGUGUGGAUCCCAUCUUUCUGGUUUGGUUCUUGUGCUUUUAUUUUUCUGUUUUGUUUGUAAUCUAUAGAACUGUCCCCUUUUUCUUUUAGUUUUAGUUUGUAUGUAAUGUUGACUUUAUUUCCUAAAAGUCUUAAAUCUUACAUAAAUUGUAAAAAUCCUAAAGUCAUCUAGAGUUUAAAAGAGAUAGUACAACUGUUUGUAAAUGACUGGAGCCUGAAAGUAGAAGAUCCUAAGGAAUCUAUCAAAAACUUACUAAAAGCAAGCCAGGUGUGGUGUGGUGACACAUGCCUUUAAUCCUACCUAGCAUUUUGGAAGGCAGAGGCAAGUGGAUCUGAAUUCAGUUACUGACCUGAUAGGCAGAGCUAGUUCCAGGACAGCCAGGGCUACACAGAAUUCCUGUCUUUAAAAAAA